AGGGAAACAGUUGGAGGUUUGAGGACAAAGAAUGGGAGUGAUUUGAUAUAUACAACCUAUCAAAAAGGGUAAAUAGGACUUGAAACGUGGCCUUCCAGAAGACCUUUAAUUGUGGUAUUGUUCCUACUGUGAUGUAAUCUGUUGGAGGACGUUUUUGUGUGUGUAAUGAGCUCACUUUGGGAGAUGGACACCUGAGAAAAUACCUGAAGAGGGGCUGAGUAGAGAACACCUGUAGAGGUAGAGGAUAUAGCCUAUUAAAGCCUUAUCUUCAAUACAUCUUCUGACAAGGAAAAAUAAUGAAGAAGAAACAGGCUCUGGUUAUAAACAGGGGACUAACCAGCUGUGAUACUCUCAUUUUGGGCAGCAAUUUCUUUUCUGCAUAGCAACCCGUUUUUUAAAAUUAAAUUCCUGACCUUUCCCAAGACAAUCUGCAUAGAAGGGACACGGUUUUAGUAGGAAAUGGUCAUGUACUUCUUUAGCUCCUCAUGAGGAAGAGUUCUCUCCGUGUUUCUGACUAGGAUGUGACCAUCUCUGUCAACAGUUUCAACUGUUAUUGACGCAGCUAACAACUUACACAGUAGAGAACCAGUUAUAUCGCUGCUGCAGGGCGUCUCAGCCUGGCCCUAGUAUAGUGUUGUCGCUCAGACUCUCCCUGUGUCGACCCCUCACCAUGCAGUCCUCUGGGCCGGAGCAGGACGACUCCUUCGACUUCCUCUUUAAGAUCAUCCUGGUGGGAGACUCAGACGUGGGGAAGACCUGCGUAGUCCAGAGCUUUAAGUCUGGUAUCUUCAUGGAGAAACAACAGAACACUAUCGGCGUGGACUUCACCGUCCGAACCAUGGACAUUGAUGGCAGGAAGGUCAAGGUAAGGAAAUAUGUGUACAUUUCAGGGAUGAUUGUUUAUCAAAUGUUUCUAUGAUAACCAGUGUUAAGUACAGGACAUUUUGUCUUUGUUCUUUCCGGUAUUUAAUUAUUGUCAAUAGGCCUAGCUAGCUCAAUUGUGUCUUUACAUAGUGUAAAUCCUUCUGCCUCUGCUGUCCUCAAAAGCAAAGAAUCUUCAGCACUUCUUUGUUUGUUUUAAGGAACAGGAGUGGUCUUACUCUAACUUUGGAUUGCCCCGCUGUGAAUGUGUGUGUUUUCUGGGUGUGUAUCAAGUGACUGUAUAAUUGUAUGGACAGUAUAAGUGUGUUUUCCUAGGUACAUGUUUGUCUGUGGAGGGGUUGGAUGUUCUUGGACCACCCUUAAAAACGUCUCAUCCAUAAAUGUAAUAAAUGAAAACCUCCCUGUACCGGUUUCUCCUCCACAGGGAUGCAUAGACGUCCAACCCACAGUCCCUUCCCCUUUAGCGACUGGAUAGUUGUAAACAUAUGGUGAUGUCUCCAGCUAGCCUUUCAAUGUGCUUAGGGGAACGUUCUCCAUGUUUACACUUAUCUUGUUCUACCAAAGGGUUGGUGAAAAGGCUACAGAUGGUUUUUCAACUGACCCUUUGUUAUCCUGGCCUGAUAGUGUGUGUGAAAUAAAUUGGUGUAGUGUGUGUACUCCAGCUAAAGUGUGUGUCGUUUCUUGUCUCCUCAGAUGCAGGUGUGGGACACGGCUGGACAGGAGCGUUUCCGCACAAUCACCCAGAGUUAUUACCGCAGCGCCCACGGCGCCAUAGUGGCCUACGACAUCACACGGCGCCCAACCUUUGAAUCUGUGACACACUGGAUCCAGGAAGUGGAGCAGUAUGGGGCUGCUAGCGUUGUUCUCAUCCUCAUUGGUGGGUGGGAGAGACACAGGCAACACGUGGCUUUAGUCAAACUCUGUUAUAAAGCCUACUGAACAGUUGUAAUAAUGACAUAACAGAUAUGGUGCUCAUUGUCACUGGUGGGUGAGAGAAAAUUGUCUGACACUUAUCUUGAACUUGGAAAUAGAUUCUUCCAAACAAUUAACAUUCAUCUAUUUAUCAAAAUAAACUCAAAUAGAAAUAACAAUUUCCUUCUCUAACUUUCUCUGCUCUUCUCUCCUAGGGAACAAAUCGGACCUGCAGUCGGAGAGACAGGUGCUGUUUGAGGAUGCCUGUACUCUGGCUGAGGGGAAGGGUGCGCUGGCCGCCAUGGAAACCUCGGCCAAGGAGGCCCAGAAUGUGGAGGCAGCCUUUAUGCUGAUGGCCCGGGAGCUGAUGGUUAGGAACGGCCUGACCAUCACAGACGAACACUCACAGGCCUCCCAACACUUCCCAAACUCCCAUCCAAUCCAUGGCUCCGAUUCCACGGACAGGAAAUCAUGUUGUUGAGAGAAUUGAUGGGCAAGGUGGGCGAGAGGUUGUUGUGCUGAUGGGGCUGAUAAUUAUAUAAUUAAACUAUAGAUAAACUAUAAUUGUCUGGAAUCAACGUUGCCUACACACUAUCCCUUGACACUUCCCCUUGUAGAUGCUAAGCCACAAAGCCUGCUAGUUUUAGACUGCUACAUCUAAAGGUGCUGUCAAGAAGUGUCUUGGGGUAGAGGCUAGGGGUUGGGGAUGUGUGUGCAUACUAUAUUGUGCGGUGGUGGGGAUGGAAUAGAUACAAGUACUGUAGUGAUGAUUGAUUGCCACUGAAAAGUGUUCAAAUGUUUUACUUUCACAAGUCCCACUCCAGCUGUUUUUUUAACUUUUCCCAUUGAAAAACAAUAUUUCAACUAUAAAUACAGUACACACCUUUUUUUACACAAUUGCGAAAUUCAAGGGUUUGCCAAUUCAAGGAGUUGGUCUGAUGGUGCACCCUGAUGUCAUCGGCCUUCCCCCUUGCUUGAGGGAACAAUAAAGGAGAAAUUGAGGACAAAAGGGAAAGGCCUACACCCCCCCCCC